AUGCCUAAGAAGGGAGGAAAGAAGAAGAACAAGGGCGGCGCAAAGCCCGCUGCCGUCGCGGCCGUUGACAAGGUCGCUGAUACCGUCAAGGAUGUUGUCAAGCCCGAUAACGAGGUUGAGGAUGGCGCCGCUUCCAAUGGUGUCGAGUCCGAGGUUGCAGAGGUGCCUGCUACCGAGGCGCAGACUGCCGAAACCACUGCCCCCGUCGUGACCGAGCCCGAGCCCGAGCCCGAGACCGAGACCAAGGCGGCUGAAAAGGCCGUUGAAGAGCCCGUCAAGCCCGUGGAGACGGCCGAAGAGAAGAUCGAGGAGCCUCUGAAGCAAGAGGCCAAGGUCGAGGCCCCCGUGACGGAAGAGAGCACCCUGCAGGAUAUCGUGGACAAGACGCAAGCCUCCAAGGCUGGCAAGCUCCCUGAGCUGGAGACCGAGAGCGAGGGCAAGGCCGUCCUCCCCGAGACUACCGCCGCUACUUCCACCACCGCCGCAGACCUCUACCCCUCGACCACCGACACUGCUGCCGAAGAGGCCGCCGUCUCGGCUGCCGCCCCCGUCUCGUCACUGCCCGAGCCCCCCGUAGCCACCGAAUCGACUCCCGCCGCUACUGCUGCUGAGCCCAUCGUGGCCCCCGUCGAGACCGAUGCCGCCCACGCUAAGCGUCCCUACGAGAAGCCCAUCUUCUCCAAUGACGAGGUGAAGCCGCACAAGAUCGCCAAGACUGAGGAGGAGCAGGCUGCUGCUAGUGCUGCGGCUGAUCAGACGGUGUUGGCUGGUGCUGGCCCGGCUUCGACUGCUGCGUACACGGUUCCCGAGCCCGUUCCCGUGUCUGAGCCUAAGAAGGUCGAGGAGGAGAAGCCCGUUGCUGCCGUCGAGGCCCCCGAGGCUGCUGCUCCCGUUGCUCCCGCUGCUGCCCCAGUUGCUGCUCCUGCCUCUCCCUCCCAGACUAAGGAGAGCAAGGCUUCACCCGAUGCCGUCGCUGCGGCCGCCGCUGCCAUCAACUCCUCCAAGGCCGACAAGUCCGCCACCACAGCUCCCAUCGCCGUUGCCGGUACCGAGCCUAAGAAGCCCGAGCCCGUUGUGAAGCGCGGUGAGGAGCCCAAGGCCAAGGUUGACCUGCCCACGGAGACUCCCCAAGAGACCGCCGCUCCUCAGGUUGCCGAGCCCGAGGCUGCGAAGAAGAGCGAGGAGGCCAAGGCCGAGCCCUCAGCAGAGCAGCAGCCCGAGAAGAAGAAGGGCGGAUUCUUCGCCAAGCUCAAGCGCAUGUUCAAGUAG